AUGGUGUUGACGAAGCGGUAUGAGUACUCCCCUCUGGAGGAGAUCUUUUUCCCCAAGCGGACUCCAAACGCGCAGUGUUACUCCGAUGAAGAUUUAUCCCUUGGAGACAAAGGAAAAAAGGGGAAGGGGAAACACACCCCCCUUCCGAAGCAGAAGAGGACUGAGAUGAGCGGAGUAAGGCACAAAAACGUCAGCCCCAACAUCAACCAGAUAAAAGACGAAUUGCUGCAACCGGAGCUGUCCCUAGAAUUGUGCCAACGGAAAAAAAAUUACUAUCUCAAUACCAGGCACGAAAGCCAUGUGCAGAGCUAUUUCUUUUUUUAUGACUACCGAAAGUGCUUCCUCAACAUGGAUGGGAAGAUGUUCAUCGACCGGAACCCCGUGCGAAUAUUGAACGACGGCACGAACCCAGACGAGAGGCUCAAGGAAGCCAUCCCCGUGCAGAAUUACAACUCCUUCGUCUACGCAUACGACAUAUAA